UGAUAUCAUAUAAUGAUAUUUUUUAUCACUAUUAUACAUAUUAUUCAUCAGAUCGUAAAACGAUAAAAUACUUGAAUAAUGUUUAGUUCAUAGAUAAUAUAAAAUCACUAAUCAAGUUUAGUAUGGUACCUUCAAUUCACAGAUCAUGUCUCUUCAGUGUUUAAUAUGUAUUUUCUUGUGUUUCCAAGGUACUUGGUCAUAUAGUAUCAGAGUAUCUGAUACGAAUAGUAACUAUUCGUAUGACUUUACUGACCAAUAUGAAGAUUUGUUUCAAUAUGAAGACGGCAUACUGAGGGAUAGGCUAAAAUCUUUCGUUGAGGGUCAGGGCUACAAAUUUGAGAAGAUCCCUGUAACCACCGAUGAUGGUUAUAUCCUGGAGUUACAUCAUCUUUAUCAAGGCACCUCAAAAAUACCUGUCUUGAUCAUGCCAGGACUGUUGUCAUCGUCGGCAGUUGUUUUGAUUACCGGUAAAAACAGAGCGUUGGCUAUGCGUUUAGUUGAUCAAGGGUAUGAUGUGUGGAUCUGCAAUCCUCGUGGUUCGACCUAUUCUAGGAAGCACAAAACUUUGGAUCCCGAUAAGGAUAAACAGAAAUUCUGGGAUUUCAGUUUUCACGAGUUGGGGUACUACGACACACCAGCAACGAUGGACUACAUUCUGAAUCAUACUAACGCCUCAACUCUCACGUACAUUGGAAUCUCCCAAGGAACCAGCCAGUUCUUUGCAAUGGCAUCUGCAAGACCAGAGUACAACUCAAAGAUCGACAUCAUGAUGGCAAUGGGUCCAGUCGCUUUUAUGAGCCAUGUGAGAGUACCGCUAUUGCACUUUCUCAAGCACCAUAUCGUGUUGAUCGAGUGGCUCCAGAAGAAGUUCCAGGUGUACGAGGUGUACCCACGUUACGGAACGAUUGCGGCAAAUAUAUUCUGCAGAGAUGGAUCGAUGUUCCAGUGGGUAUGCAAGCUGCUUCUCUCCUUACUCCUGGGAUUCGAUUUGAAUAAGUUCGAUUCGAAAUUGUUGCCUGUCAUAUUGGAGAGUCUUCCGUCAAGCGCAUCGUUUAAGCAGUUACAGCAUUAUUUACAAGAGGUUCAAUCAGGGCAUUUCAACCAGUACGAUUAUGGAGUAAUCAAGAAUCUAGAAAUUUAUAACCAGACAAGUCCACCAGAUUACGAUAUUGCAAAAAUUUCUUGUCCAGUUGCGUUGAUGUAUGGGAAACAUGACAGGCUGGCUGUACCAAAGGACAUAGAGAAACUUACUAACAAACUUCCCAACGUGGUCGAGGAGUACAAAAUAGAAAAACCAACAUUCAGCCAUGUUGAUUUCAUGUUCGCCAAAGACAACGAUGCCCUGAUUAACUUCCCCGUUAUCAACAUAUUAAACAAAUACCAUGGAUUACCACUCAUCACAACACCUGCACCUACCACUAUAGCGCCUAUCACUAGACCGUCAUCUACCAAAAGACCAACCUCUGGACUUAGAACUACAGAGGGUCCCUACACGAUGGCGCCUAUCACCAGACGGCCAUCUACCAAAAAGGCCAACCUCAGGACAUAAAACUACAGAACAUCCCCACACUGGAGGUUCUGUCAGUCAGCUAGUUCGUGGAUAUAGCUCUAAUAUGCUAGUAACGGUAGUAGUGAUCUUGAAGAUAAUAAACUUAAUUUAAGAAUUGA